ACAAGCAGGCGCUGCGGGCGUUUCUCCUUGCGCGGGAACGUGCGCCGGUUCUCGCCUGCUAGGCGGCGCUUAGUUUUGUUUUUACGAAGUUGACUACUGCCUCGAAAUGUCGAUGCUUGAAAAGCUACAGAUUCAAGGCAUCAGGAGCUUCGGUCCGCAAGAAGCUGACAGACAAGUUAUGACGUUUUUUUCCCCGCUAACGCUGAUUUUGGGUAGCAAUGGCACGGGCAAAACGACCAUCAUUGAGUGUCUGCGCAACGCGACCACGGGGGACCUGCCGCCGGGUCAAGGAAAAGUGUUCAUCCACGACCCCAAGCUCAACCGUGAGACGGAAGUGAACGCACAGAUUAAACUAAAGUUUAUUGACGUCACGGGCUGCGCCAACGUGUUGACGCGAAGUUUCCUUUUGCGUCAAAACAAGACGAAUACUGCGUUCAAGACCGUCGACACUGCUCUUGUGCAGUACGCCAAAGACGGCACAAGAACCACUGCCACGCCGAGGUGCUUUGACGUCGGUGCCACUGUAAUCGAACUGUUGGGUGUCCCGCGUGCCAUAUUGGAGAACGUCAUCUUCUGUCACCAGACGGAUUCCAACUGGCCGCUCUCGGAAGGACUGGCGCUUAAGACCAAGUUUGACAACAUAUUCGCGGCCACCCAGUACAUAAAGGCCCUGGAGCAAAUCCGCAAGCAGAAAAUUGAGUACACAAACGGUAUGAAGAUGAUGAAGGAAACCAUCAAGUAUCUGCGAGCGAACAAGGAAAAGGCCGACGAAUACGAGGAAGAGGUCACCAAGUGCGAGCAGCGCCUUGAAGACUGUGCCAGCACGAUACGCGAUAUUCAGGAGAGCCUGGAACCGCUGAGCGCUGCUUGGAAGGCACUUGAAGACAAGCUGGACAAAGAACGAAGCCUUCAACAAAAGCUCUCCGCUGAAAAGGAGCAGCUUCAGUACACAGAAAAUGAGAUAAAGCGCAUCACGGUAAACUUGAAAGACGUUUUCACUGGUUCCGAAGAGCAGUUGAAGCAGGAGAUUGAAAACUUUGAAGUACAGAUGCUGGAGGACAAAGCAUCUCUCGAGAAGGAAAAGACUGCCCUGCAAGAGGCGUCUUCACUAAUGAGUAAGAAUAGUGAUGAACACAAAAAACUGCUGCCCAUAUUGGGUCAUCUGCAGAGCGAACAACAAGCUGUGCAGGAGACAUCGCAGAAAGUAGAAGCAAAGUUGGAGCGAUUGAACAAGAGCCAGUGUCUAAAUGUUGACGUCAUGUCGAGUGACUCUCUCAAGGACAAAGUUGUGGCUGUCCUGGCUGGACUUGACAGGAAAAAGAAAGAAGCCCAAAGACGCUUUGAGGACUCGAAGCAGGAAAGGGAGGAACAGGAAAAGGCCCUGCAGGGAACUAUAGAUUCUGUGCGAGAGCAGAAGUCAAAGUGUGAGCAGAAGUUGGAAUCUGCACGAAAGAGCAUUGAUGAGAACAGUAAAGAGAUUAUGAGGAUUCGUAAGGAACUCCUUGAUGCCAAGACCUACAGCUCAAAGGUAAGAGAACUCAACAGUGAGAUCGAGAGGUUCAGACAGGAGAUCAGGGCUCUUGAAGGGGAGGACACACGGGAAGGUCUUAGGGAGAAGAUUGACAGCAGCCAAGUGUUAAAAGAUGAAAUUGCAGUAAAGCUGGACAAACUGAAUGCAGACCUCCUGAAUGCCCAACGUUUCAGUAAAGAACAAGCAGAGCUCGAGAGGAUCAGACAAGACAUUGAAGAGAAGUCUGCUGACCUUAAAUCACUUAUGACAGAGAACGAGACAAAGUUUGUAGAGCUUCUUGGCAGCAUGCCCACAUCAGACUAUGGAAAAUGUGUGAGAGAAAAGACUGCCCAAGUUGAAAGCGAUGUCAGCUGCCUCCGGAGUACAGUAAGCAAGCUUCAUGCUAAACAGAGCUCUUUGGAAGCACAGCUUAAGAUGCUGGCUGAGGACUUGAGAAACAAAGAAGGCGAGCUUGAAAAAAGCCGGAAAAAGAUUGUUGCGGUUUGUGGUUCCGAAAACUUGGAUGAAAGUAUCAGCGACCUGAGUCAGUUCAUUGAAAGGGCUCGUGAAGAGACUGGGUCAUUGAGUGGUAGCCUUGCCAUGUACACGAGAUAUGUUAGGUCUCUGAAGGCAAAACCAUGCUGCCCUCUUUGCAAACGAGAUAUUGAUGACAGAGGAUUGGCUGCGAAGCUUGUUGCUGAUUUGGAGAGGAGCAUCAACACGAUCCCCCUCGAUGCAAAAAAAAAAUCUGACGAGAUCUCUGAGAAGGAAAACCUCUUCAAUGCUAUGCAACGGCUGAAAGGUGACGAAACAAAGAUGGCACAGUUGAGGACUUAUGAAAUUCCGAAGCUGAAGCAGAAGAUUGAGAAACUGAAAGCAGAGCGUGCAUCCCUAGAUGCUCAGCUAGGCAAGGAGGAAGAGAUUCUGGAUAGUCGCCAGUUUGACUUGGCUCUGGCCAAUUCCAUGGCAAGUGAAGCCGAGCGCAUUGAUCGCCUGGAACUUGACAUAGACUCGCUCCGACGCAGCCUGGCAUCCAAGUCGCCCAGAGUGCAACAGCUGGGCUCCAUGAAGUCCACAGAAAGCAUUCUCUCUGAAAUACAGGACCUCACAAACCAAGCCAAGGCAUGGGAUAAGAACCUGCAUGCCUGCCGUUCCAAGCUGGAGCAGUUCCACAACCUGGACAUGUCUCUCAAGGAUGCUCAGAGUGCAAAGUUGAGAUUUGAGUCAAAGAUGAAGGAGGAGUCGAUUUUGCAUGAACAAAAGACUAAACUGGAGUCGGAAAGUGUGACACUGAAGAGUUCUUUGGAAGAACUCAGAAGAGAGCUGCAAGAGCACCAACGCCGACUGGACAGGGCACAAACGGUCAAAAGCAGCGCAGUAGGUGAGACGGAGAACCUGCUGGACAGACUGCGGUCAGAGGUCAGCCAGCGUGCACUAGAAAUGGAGGACCUUCGGAAGCACUUCGACAAGAUCCAAGAGUACAGUGCCAGCGGAAACCCCCAGAGGCUGCUAGAUGUGAGGAAGAAGCUUGAGGCACUGAAGGAAUUUGGCCAGAAACUAGAAACUGAGAAGGAAGAAAAGGCUGCUCUCGUGAGACGCCUAGAGCAAGGUCUGUCACGCCAGGAACUGAGAGAGCGCGAGCUCAAUGACAAUUUGCAUCUGAAGGAGCUCCAGAAGAGGAAGCUGCAGCAUGUAGACAAGAUGGCAGAAAUCAGGGAUGACAUGAGGCGCUCCGGGUUGGGCAACGUUGAUGCCGAGAAGCACAAAAUUGCAGAAAAGAUUGAGAAGCUCAAGAGGGACAAGAGAGCAGCUGAGAUACGAGAAGGCGAGCUCAGAGUGAAGAUUGAUGCUGCUAAGAAGGAGCUCAGCGGUCAUUUCAAGGAUGCUGGAAAAAAGUACACGAAAGCCUUGACAGAGAUGCACGUAAAAGAGUUCAUCAGCAAGGACCUUGACAUGUACUAUCGAGCUGUCAACUAUGCAGUGCUGAAGUACCAUGAGCAGAAGAUGAAGGACAUCAACCGAGUCAUCAAGGAGCUCUGGCAGGACACCUACUGUGGCGAAGACAUUGACUACAUACAGAUCAGGACCGACACCGACGAAAAGGGCCUCGAGUCAUCUCGCCGUGCCUACAACUACCGAGUGGUCAUGGUGAAGGGAAAGGUGGAACAGGACAUGCGUGGUCGCUGUAGCGCAGGGCAGAAGGUGCUCGCGUCACUAAUAAUUCGACUCGCACUUGCCGAGAACUUCUGCCAUAACUGCGGCAUACUCGCUUUGGACGAACCUACCACAAACCUGGACCGAAGUAACAUCCAUGGCCUCGCAUUGUCACUGGGAAAGAUUGUGCAGGCACGUAUGAGCCAACGAAACUUCCAGAUGAUUGUCAUUACCCACGAUGAAGAGUUCAUGCGGCUUUUGAGUGAGCGCAAUGGUUACGCCGAGUACUUUUACAAGGUUGAGAAGUCUGAAGAUGGCUGCUCACGCCUGCAUAAGUGCCGACUCAGUACCAUCAUGUAGCCUUCGGAUUUGAAAAAUCCUGCAAGUAGUUGUGUUCCACGAGACUUUUACAAAAAUGAGUGACCACAUGUACACAUGUAGGGAUGUGAACGUGUUCAAAGGAGCAGCAAGGCUGUUUGUUAUGACUGUUGUUAUGAAAGGAUUCAUGUUUAGUUUGUAAAUUAAAUUGUAUGCUGUGCCUUAGCCAUUAAACAUUACAUGUACUUCA